AAGCAACACAACCAGCGCAAGCAUGGGCUUUAAGGAAGCGUGGGCGUCGAUGAACCUAUGGGAGCGCCGGCAGGCCAUGCUGGGCGGCAUCUUCAUUGCCGGAGCUGCAGCACUGUACGUAAGUGGCCUUCAAACUGCCAGGGCGCACCGCGAUCAAGGGCUGUCAUGCCUAGCGUGCGAUGGCGACAAGCACUCUUGCAGCGCAAACUAACCCUGCGCCAUCACUGUAUAUGUGUAUAUACAGAUCGACACAGAGUUCAUCCGUCCCGACCACUUUCGCGAGCAAUGGCGCGAGAACCGGGAACAGCGGGGAGCAGAGGAGCUGUGCGAGCUCCUCCGACCAGACAUGCAGCCCAACGACACGCGGAGAGAUGGUAGCAAGCCUCUGGCAGCUCAGCGGUCCUAGGAAAAUAAGGCCUGGCAUGUCCAUCUGGGUCCAAACACUACUUGCUGUAUGGACGUCAUAUUCCACUUGUUUAUUCUUUUACUUUCUCACAAUAUACACAGCCGGGUCUUGACUUGAGCCUUCAGCUGCUGCGAAACACUUGCAGCGGACAGCCGCACCUUAUUGCGGAUCCUUGUCCUGGGUUCCAUGCUGCAGCAUAGACAUGUAGCGUUCUCGGGCUCGUCGAGCCCGGCAAGGUCUGGGCGACGAGCGGCUCCUGCGGGCAUGCCGAAUGGCCGUGGCAAACUAGUUGUCGUGGCCUAUCAGAAGCUGCAGAAACGGCUCAAGUACUCGGGAGCUGCAGGCCAGAGAGGGAAAGAACCGCUCGUCGUGCAUGUGGAGCCGGACGCAAGCAACGCCUGGCGUCUGGACGAGGUGGUGCAGCUCAUUAAGGCCGGCGGCGUGGGCGUGAUCCCCACCGACACGCUGCCCGCUAUCGUGUGCGACCUGCACAACAGGGACGCCGUACUGCGGCUGUACAGCGUCAAGGAGAUGGACGCGCGCAAGCCGCUGUCCAUCCUGUGUCCCUCGCUCUCCACCAUCACCACCUACACCACCGGCUUCCCCACCACCGCCUCCGCCAACUGGUUCAACGUGGCACGGCGCCUGCUGCCCGGGCCGUACACGUUUGUGCUGCCCGCCACCAAGAACCUGCCCCCCCAGUGCAUUGACUUCAUGAGCGGCAAGAACAUUCACCGCAAGAGCGUGGGCGUGCGCAUGCCGGCAGACGCCGUGUGCCAGGCGCUGCUGGACGGCGUGGGCGGCGCGCUGCUGUGCACCAGCGUGCACGUGCCCGAGGUGCUGUCGCCCGACACCGAGGUGCCCGACUGCGGCUCCAUCCUGGAGGCGUACGGCAGCAAGGGGAUAGACUUCGUGGUGGAUGUGGGCCGGCGUGUGGUGGUGGAGAGCAGUGUGGUGGACUUCACCAGCGGCGACCCCGAGGUGCUGCGCCAGGGACAGGGCGACGUCAGCGCAUUCGAGUGAGCACCUGGCCGCGUGUGAGGCGGCGUUCGGGCGGCAGCUGCAGGCGCCGUUGCUUGCGCGGGUGGCGCCGGGCCGCGACCAGCAAGCGAGGUUGCAGACGGCCCGGUGGCGUCGCCGGUGCCCACACUGUGGUGGUAGGGAUGCGCAGGCGGAUUUGAAUGCGGUAGAGCAACGCAUGUGCGAGGAUGGCGGGUGGAGGCCACCGACGUUAAUUGAAGGGGCGAGCAAGCAAGCCUGGUGCUACUCAGGUCACAACUGUCCGCGGGUUGAGUCUGUGUCCAUGUGUUCACGCCACAGUGUUGCUGUCAAUAAGGCUGUUUGAGGUGUUCGCACUUGAGUGCUGCUUGAACUACGGGAGCUUGCUUGCGCAUUGUAGGUUGCGGCCGGCAGUGAGGCUGUGAGGGGGAGCGGCUGCUUGACGCACGUGGGACAUUCGGACCUGCGUGUAUAUGUCACACAUUCGGACCUGCGUGUAUAUGUCACACAUUGUUGCUGUAGCCAACGCCUCAUGGGCGUGUAGAAUUGCCGUGAUGGAAUACCGGACACUGGGGGUGGAGCAAGGCGGUAGUAGUUCACAGUCAGGCAGGGUGCGAUGGGACAGGUUAAGGGGCAGGUUGGCGUAGUCCCCAGUGCGCAGUGUAAUCCCAGACCCCAACACUCAACAAUCAAGUUGCGACGUCAAGGCCGUCGAACACCGGGGUUACCGUGCCGACGAGUAAAAGUAGCAGUUCAGGGUCAGGUAGGGUAGCCGAGCUGGGAAGGACGCGGACGUGUGCAGAGCCCACAGCGAGCGACAUCAUACACCUGCACGGUGGGUGGGUGACUGCAGACGGUUGCAGCGGCAGCUGAGUUGGGGCGCUGGAGGCCUUCAGAGCCAAUGAUUGCCUGCAAAUGCGGCCUGUAACGUGGCUAUCAC